GAGUUGUAGAUUUGCAAAUUAUGUUUGUCGCGUGUGUAAUCAGCCGGGGCAUUUGAAGAAGAUGUGUCCUAGGUUACAGAUGAGCGUUAGUACACACAAGAAUGACAUACAAGGCGAAGCAAACAGCGAUUUCAGCGAUGAGAUACCGUGAAGUAUUUGCGGAGGGGCUCGGGCGGUACACGGGUGGCGAGGUGAGUCUGCGGGUGCGCGAGGGCGCGAGGCCCGUGUUCCUGCGCGCGCGACCGCUGGCGUACGCGCUGCGCGAGCCGGUGGAGCGCGCGCUGGAUCAGCUGGAGCGCGACGGCGUCAUCACGCCGGUAGACUCGUCGGACUGGGCCACACCGAUCGUACCCGUCGUCAAGACGGACGGAACCAUUAGGGUAUGUGGAGAUUUUAAGUCUACGCUUAAUAAAUGCCUGGAGGUAGAUCGUUUUCCAUUACCUAGAGUAGAGGAUUUGUUAACCAAGCUAAAUGGAGGGGAAAAGUUUACCAAAAUUGACUUGUCCCAGGCAUAUGCCCAGUUUGUCCUGGAUGAGCGCUCUAGACCUUAUACAGUUAUCAACACACACCGAGGGUUGUAUAGGUAUAAUAGGUUAAUUUACGGGUUGUCCUCGAGUCCUGGCAUUUUCCAGCGAAAACUGGAACAGAUGUUUGCCGAUCUUCCCAGAGUAGGAGUGUUCUUAGAUGACGUUAUUUUGACGGGAACGAACGACCAAGAGCACAUAGAAACAUUGCAUAAAGUGUAGAUAGGUUGCAGAAGUUUGGCUUAAAAAUUAAAAAAGAAAAAUGCAAAUUUUUCGCCACGUCGGUCACUUAUUUAGGUUAUGUAGUGGAUAAAGAGGGCAUCCAUACAAAUCCGGACAAAAUAAAAGCU